AUACAGCAUAGAAUGAACGCGAUGUAUAUAAUAGAAUGUUCAGAUUGCAAAAGUGCGUACAAGUUAGCGCUUCGUGCCAUGUACCUGCAUUAUAUGGACCUACCUUCAUUAAUAGCCGAUUAAAAGAGUAGCUAGGCUACAUUUUGUAUAAUUAGUAACCUGCAAUCUGAGGGAAUACGGGGUUCAUAUUGGCUAUCUGGGGUCUAUUGUAUAAGGACGUAGGCUUUUUAGUAGGAGAUACGUUUUUCAAUAAUGAAGUUUCUUCAUAAAAAUCAAAUACCUAUUUUCAUAAAUUUAAAAAUGACGAAAAGGACCGAUAAGUUAAUGUUUAGAAUCACUAUCAAAUCCCCAUGCUAAAUAGGCUAAUCAGGUGUUUCAUAUUCAAUAUUUUAUCGAUUAAUGUAAGUAAACUAGGCUUCUUGAAGAAUAGAAAUAAUUCUACAUUCAUAAGUGACAAACCAUGCAUACUAUUGUGCAGUGCCUUCUCUAGAGAAAAGGAAAUGCACUGGCUUUGUCCAGAAGCAAAGCAAAGAUUAUGAAGGGUUAAAAUGAAGUAGGACUAGACGCAUUGCUAAACAAAACGUGAAAACCAUUGCAUCGAGGACUUCAUAGGUGCAUAGGUCUUUGAUACUGCUUUAAAGGGAGAUAAUUCAUAUUAUUUGUUCUCGUCAUACUGGCACCCAUAAGUUAACCCGCAAAGGCGCUUCGGAUGCUGGGAAUAAUAUGCGCAUUUGCUCUAGCCUAAUAAGUGCGAGAGAGUAUAGGCUAGGCUGCGUCCAAGGCGGUAAUUCCCGCAUUGGCGUUUGUAUCAGUGCUUCGCCGAGGACAUAAAAUACACAUUUUCGGAGACAACUGAACGUAUGCAAUCACUUUGCUAUAACAUUGCGCUUCUUGAAAAGUGAAAAAGAGAACGACGAAAACAGACGUGAAAGGCAAAGAGGAUUUUUGCCGGCUUGAAGUGGCAAACUGACAAGACGAUUGAAUUUCGUCCUUCAAGACCGAGAAAUGAAAUUAAAUCAAUGACACGUGUGUUCGGACUCCUACAUUUUUUGUUGACAUUCAGGUUAGUUUUUCAACAGCUACGAAGUCCUCUCCUGUAGCCGAUAAACCGUUAAAGCCUCAGAACACGGAGCUUACGAACGCCUUUGGGACAUCUUUCAAAAGUUUCCCACUAAACAAAUGUUAUAAGAAGAUCAGCCCAUUCCACCAGCCUGUAUAAAUUGGAUAUCAUCGUCAUUAUGAAAAUUUAAUUACAGCAAUGGUGUGCGCGCUAGUGCGAACCUACAAACCUGCGAAGUGGAUAUGUAUAGCGAUGUGGAUAUUCAACUAAAAUAAGUGAUAUACAAGAAAUUAUCAAAAGAUGAGAACCCUGUGCUCUAUCCUGCUCCUCCUCUUUCUGCACCCGGGUACUUGCAACAAAGUGCAGAUUCCGGUGGCCGAAGUACUGGAAUGGGGAGAGACGAAUAACGAAGCAAGCCUCUCGCAGGCAGCCAGCCCUCGGAUCGUAAACCCUCUCCGUCUGUUCGCCAGGGGAGCUACCGGGCUGAAGCAGAACACCAGCGGCAUGACGUACAUACAGAACAUGGAAAACUUCUGGGACUGGCUAGCCAAUCAGGCGGACGUUCGGGAGAGACAUGCCAGAACUAAGCGGAGGCCAAUAGUGAAGACGGGGAAGUUCAAAAAAAUGUUUGGUUGGGGCGAUUUCCACUCCAACAUCAAGACCGUGGAACUGAACCUCCUCAUAACCGGCAAAAUUGUGGACCACGGGAACGGCACGUUCAGCGUUUACUUCCGUCACAACUCGACCGGUAAGGGGAACGUGUCCGUGAGCCUGGUGCCCCCCUCAAAGGUGGUGGAGUUUGAGAUCACUCAGCAGUCCACGCUGGAGACCAAGGACUCCAAAGCUUUCAAUUGUCGCAUCGAAUAUGAGAAGACAGAUCGGGCCAAGAAGACGGCCUUGUGCAGCUUCGAUCCCACCAACAUGUGUUACAAGGAGCAGACACAGAGUCACGUCUCUUGGCUUUGCUCAAAGCCCUUCAAAGUUAUAUGCAUUUACAUCGCUUUCUUCAGCGUUGACUACAAGCUGGUGCAGAAGGUUUGCCCUGACUAUAAUUACCAUAGUGACACUCCCUACAUCUCCACUGGCUGACAAGGCAACUGCAAAUUUGUUUGUUCUUGGGACAUGUGAUGACCUCUGUGACCUUGUAUGACCCCCUCCUCUGACCCAUUCACAUCACACACAUUGUGCGUUCUCUGUAUUGUGUGUGAAAUUAUAACUUUUCCAGAGGCUGGCUGCAAGGUUAAGCCACAGGCCUGUAAUUACUUGUGAAUUUAAGCUUUUGUGUCAGUAAACCUGUAAGUCAAUAUUAUCUACCACAAACCUUUUUUUCAGUUCUAAUUCAUGAAGAAUGAACAUGCUGAGAAUAUUGCACUGUCAGGUUUUCCGGAAAACAGAUCAAUUUCUUAAAGUUUAAUAUACAGAUUUUAUGGAUUUAGGUGAAAACAUACAUGUUUGGAAAGCAGUUCAUCAAGUAGAAACGCUUCUUACUUAGUAGUCUUAUAUAUUCUUUGAUUUAAAAUGACUUAAUUUGUAUCACUAGAAUGCAUCCUCCAGUAACUACAUGACCAAAAAACUCCAUAUAGCUAAAUUGAUGAUUUGUUUUAUUGAAGCUCAAAUUUGACAUUGAAUUCAGAAGUGGAAAAUUGGAACAAACAAAGCACACUUAGUUUACUUAUAAGUAGUCAAUGGUAUGUUGACCUAAAUUAAUUGCACGAAAAUUAAAUCAGACUUUUUUUUAUCUGCAUAAGACUGUGGGCCUCUAAGUAAGGCUUCCUAAGUUGAAUUUAAAAAAUACCUUUUACCACACCUUUUUUUAGUCUGGAGUAGGGACACCAGUUUAUGGCACAACCCAAAAUGAGUUGAACUUGCAUUACCAUCCAAAUCCCUGUGGUGUCACUGUAGCCUUUGGAUUGAUCACAUGACUAAAUAUACAAUUAGUGAUUGUCAUAAUAGAAGCAGUUAGAAAGAAUAUGACAUGGACAGAAUAUCAAACACAAAAAAGUUUACAAUGUCAUUUACAGAAAACAGUUGCGGUCUGAAAUAGAUGAGGGGGAAUCCUCAGUCACUUAAAGAACAGAAUUGAGCGGAGGACAGAUGUAAUUUGACAGAGGAAUUUUUCAGUGUACACAUUCCACUUGAAAAAAAAUUGACAAUCCUAAAUUAGGUGCAUUUAAAUAGGUGUGUAAGAAAUGGUGGGGAUAUUCCCCAAAGUCAACUUGGCUGCUGAGCUGCAAAAAGAAACGAUGGUCACAGACAAUUUUGUUUUGCCAAUUUUAUUUGUUCUGCAGGGAAAAUCAGUUAUAUCCAAUUUAAAACAUUAUAAUUACCAACACAGUGCACCUUGAUACUGUAAGCUACAGCUCUGUCUCGGACUGCAGCAAACAAUGCCUAGUGAACAUUGAGGUUGAUUUCAGCUGGAUUUGUCUCUUAUAAUGCAGGUUACAUGAUGAAUACAUACAACAAACCCCUCAAAGGAAAGAUGCCAAAUGCAGUUCAUUUAAUAAGCAAUGCUCACAUUGUCAUGUUUGCAAGUGGCAUUUGGGCUAGCAAUUUUCCAAAAGUUGACAAAUUCAUGGGAGUAUCAAAAAAAAAUUGUCCAAGCAUUGUUCAAGCAGAGUGUUGCAUUACAUGACACUUCUAAAUGAGGACAACAGAGAAAGCUUCAGGUUUCACUGUAAAAUUAGACAAUACUGCUCCUGGAUUCAAGGAUAGUUUCUACAUUAUAGUAUUACUAGUUUAUUUCACAUAAUUGGCACAAGAACAAGGCUCUGCAUGUACUCUCAGAAGUUCUGGGUCGGCGAAACCCUACUUGUCUGUUCCAACCAGCUCUGUUGAUUCAGAACCGCCAAAGAACGACAAAGGAGACAAACAACUGAAAUUGAUCAAAUUUAAUCACUAAGAUAACCUGCAUUUUUAUUUCAUUUGAACUCAUCUCUUUUAGCCUUUUAAUAAGUCUACACCUUUGCAAACUAUUCUGUUGUUAUGAUUAGUGUUUACUGUUUUUGUGCAGGUAAUGUAAUUGCAUUUUUUAAAUAGGCUAUAUUUACCAAUGUUUAGAAAAAAGCACUAUAAAUAUGUCUGCGGUUAUAUGCACUGUGCGGUAUGUGGCUGUGUGGGAUCAUUGGUCUCAAUCAUCAUCUGUGCUUCAUUAGUGGCACUUCAUGUAGAUUACUGGGGAGGGGCAUGUAAUAUCUGACUGACAAGAAAGCUCUAUCGACCUCUUUCUGAGGGAUGACUGAAUUGCAUGUGAGAGAACUGCCCUAGAUAACUGGUAUCCCUAGUCAUGAGAUUCUACAGGGCCACAAAUCAUGCUUUUGAUUUAUUUAUUUUUUGUCAUAAUAAUUAACACACACAUUUAACAGUAAUUAGCCUAUAUAAACUGAGUUCUCCUCGAAGUAAACACAGAAAUAAAAGUCCUGGACAUUCCAGUUCACACCAAAUUGUUUAUGGUUAAAAAAAGUCUGACACAGGCUUAUGCUACCUUUUCAAAAGGGAAAAUAUUGAAAUAAUAUUACAGAAUUUUGUAAUCAUUAAGUAAAUAUGGCGAGUUUUUUGGACUGUUUCUUAGCACACUAUUUUAAGCCUGUUUUGUGGUGUAGUGAGCUAAAACGUUUUUGGAUCUUCCUGGAAGAAAGCUUUCAUUUAAAAAAAGAUGAGCUCUGAGAGGGAUUGAGUGUUGUAAAAAGUGUUUAAUUCUAAAUCCUGAGGGACAAGUUCUUAAGCCAGACACAGCACAGGUGGAUAAAAUGAAGCUGGCAGCCGCAUAACAGAACUUGGUCAUGGUCGCGUCAGAGCUUGACAUUUCUUCCGUUUAAUUAACAAUAAUUAUAGCAUGAAAUUUAAUUUACAUAUCACCACUCGGCAGACCAAUAGCCUACAGUAAAAUUGACUUUGUUAGCCCCGUGAAUGCACAAAAAAGUAACAUGCUCUUUCGAUUGUGGUUUAUUCAUCCAUUAUGGAGAAUACUGCGGACCAAACGUAGCCAGGAACAAAAUUCCCACUGCCAAAACCAUACAAAUCCCUAGAGUUAUAGAAAUGUUUGGCUUUGUGUGCAAAUAAUGAUUUUUCAACCCUGUGAUGCAUUCCAAACCUGUAAAUGUUGUGCAACAAGAAAUGGAAUUACUGAAGUAUCGUUUCAUCUGUGUUCAUGGUUUUCUUUCUGUUCCGUGGUGCAAUGCAAUAUGUUCUGUGUGAAUCCACAAUUACAAAAUGUCACUGUGUCAUAUGAGUUUUGCAAUUUAAGAGUUUUAGUUUCAUUUCUCAGUAUAAUUCAGAUGAAUGCUGUUGAAUAUUGUUCGUGAUAUCAUGUAGUUUCAAAAGUAAUUUGACAACAAGUGUUUUUUUUAAAUUAUCAGUGAAUAGCAAAUCAGUUUUACUAAUAGCAGAUCUGGCUUGUUUUAAAAUAUGGUUUACUUUUCUGUGAAAUAAAAAAAAGUACAUGUUUAGGCUAUGCAUAGACUAUGUAGCUAUAAUGUAAUCUAUUUUAUUGUUCACUUUGAAAGGGGUUAAUUUUGUAAAAUUAAAUUUUGUUUUGAAAACUGA